AUGCUUGUCGUUGGUGGCAAUCUAGUCCACACGGGCGCCCUCUCUGUUGGCCAUCUCACAUCAUUUAUGAUGUACACGGCGUUUGCCGGUGGCAGCGUGAGCAAUUUGACCCAGUUCUUUUCAGAGCUUAUGAAGGGUGUUGGCGCCGCGAGCCGACUAUUCGAACUUCAAGACCGAAAGCCAACCAUACCCCAAACAGUCGGUCGUAAGGUGCCAUCCGCGCGAGGGACGAUUAAGUUUGACGAUGUGCAUUUCGCAUACCCUACACGGCCGGCCGUUUCUAUCUUCAACGGCAUAAGCUUCGAGAUCCCAUCUGGCAGCAAUAUCUGCGUGGUUGGCCCCUCGGGCGGUGGCAAGUCAACUGUAGCAUCACUACUACUCCGGUUCUAUAAUCCUACGUCUGGCUCUAUCACAAUCAAUGGGAUGGAUGUCUCGAAGAUGAAUAUACGAUCCCUUCGACGACGUAUUGGCGUGGUAUCCCAGGAGCCUGUUCUUUUCUCUGGAACAAUCGCGGAGAAUAUCUCCUACGCCAAACCCGAUGCCACCAGGUUUGAGAUAAUUAUGGCAGCUAGAAAGGCAAACUGUACCUUUAUUAGCGACCUCCCUGACGGAUUAGAAACCCAAGUCGGAGCAAGAGGAAGCCAGCUAUCGGGCGGCCAAAAGCAACGCAUCGCCAUCGCGCGGGCUCUCAUUAAAAAUCCAGAUAUCCUCAUCCUUGAUGAGGCUACCUCGGCCCUCGACGCCGAGUCUGAAACGCUCGUCAAUGCCGCUCUCGUUUCCUUGCUAAAGGGCAACAAUACCACCAUCUCUAUUGCCCAUCGCCUCUCGACAAUCAAACGAUCCGAUCAGAUAAUAGUUUUAUCGAGCGAGGGCAAGGUAGCUGAGAUUGGGAGCUACGCCGAACUCUCAGCUGAUCAAGAAAGUGCCUUCAGUAAGUUGAUGGAAUGGCAGAUGAGUGGGGGUGAGGUUUCGGACCCUCGCGGCAACGAGUCCCUCGCUCGCAUUACUGAAGCGGACAUAAUCGAACAAGAUCUUGAGGAUGUGGAGGAGAGCGAAGGCGCUGAACACAACAGCAAUCAGGACACGGCGGGAAGAAGCCAGACAAAUGAGCUUAGGGAAAAUAAGGGAGAGAAUCCAGGGCGGUAG